CCGAUUUGUGACAUGUCAAGAACAACACAUACCCUUGAUGCGGAAGCCCAUCUAUGUCACCUUCAAAUAGCUUCAACUGCCGAGGAGAAUUCGGUGUCCCUCGGGAUUGAUAUUUUCGAUGCAUUACUGACAUUUAAUAGGACGGGCCGUGUUUUGACGAUUCUUGGUCCUCUUGGUCUUCAAAAUACUUCUGGCUUAUGUCCCUUACAAAUGUUAUCGCUUUGCAGAAAAUCUCACUCCCAUGUACGUAGACAUGUGGAUUUGUUAGAGUACAGAGCAAAAAUCCUUAGAAGAUUCUGGGAAUGACGACUGGCGCGAACUUAUAUGACCCUGACAUAAGCAAGCUGACAGAAACGAGAAUUGCAGAUGGUGUAUUCUGGGUGUUCUUUCAUAUGCCCCUAUGAACCAUCGGAAUGCUGCCGAUAUGCAUCGACCUGCUAGCGCCCAGCGACGAAUCCUUCCCGAUUCAAAACGUCGUGUCCCAAACCGUCCGCCGAUUGCAUCCCCAGCCUUGGAACUGAACCACUUCCCCCAUACAUCCGAGUCUGUAACAGCGCAAUUCCUCCAAUCUUUCCCGCAGCUGUCUCCUCCGCAUCGACAUAGCAUUCUCCUUGCUCUUCUUAAGCAAUGCAACCCCGCAGACAUGGUAUUUUUAGCUGCUGUUAUGCCGCGGCUUCACAGAGACUUCUUGCGGCUUCUCCCGCGAGAAGCUAGCCACCGCAUUGUUUUCUAUAUACAUCCGCGAGACUUUUGCACAGUAGCACAGGUCAGUAAGGCAUGGCGCCAGGUUUUGAAAGACAGGCUCCUGUGGCAAAAGCUGUAUACUCGAAUUGGACUAGGAACGUUGGCCACAGAAUAUUAUCAAUGCCAUGAAGCAAUGAAAAUCAAUGCGAAGCGUCUUCACUCAUUGAGCAAUUGGACUGAAGGUCAACUAGAAUGCAUACAAUUCAAGGCGCACAACUUGGCCAUUUUGUCUUUGUGCUUCGAUGGAAAACGAAUUGUGACUGCUGGUGCAGAUAAGCUGGUCCGAAUGCACGACGCGAUCACAGGUGAAUGCGUGAUGAGUUUAAGUGGACAGGAUUUUACAUGUGUGCAGUUCGACGACCGCCAGAUUAUCACCGGAAGUGCAGAUGGUAUGGUGCGCAUAUGGGCGAGCAAAACCGGGACGCUCUUGCAUGCUUCCGUGGGCCAUACGGAUGCAAUCACUUGUCUAAAAUUCAGUUCUAUGAUUCUGAUAACCGGUUCGGCUGAUCGAACUGUGAAGAUUUGGGAACUGGCUCAAGCUCCGGCCAAUAAUUCUAAAAUUUCUCGGAGUCGGUCACCCACCAGAAAUGGUCGAAAUACGAAAACUGUUGCCGUUGAGAAUCAGUUGGAUAAAGUUACUAUGCUGCGCACGCUGACAGGACAUCAGGCCGGCAUUAAAUGUUUGGACUUCACGCAAUAUGUACUGAUCAGCGGAGAUGUUCAGGGUUGUCUUCGAAUAUGGCACGUCCAAAGCGGAAACUGUCUGAGCAUCGUAAAAAUCCAUACGUCUCUCGAGCUGCCUGUGUUCUUCUCCUUGCGAAAAAUGCACCACGAUGCAGAUAUGAGAAGAACAUCGGGAGGGGAUCACGAUCCCGUCUCGUGUAUCUGCUAUAAUGGCCGAUCUUUGCUAUUCAGCACCUUCUCAGGGCGAGUGUUUUUCUAUGAUGUGUGUCCAUACGAAACUGAUCUCGGAUCAGGUAUCGUUUAUGAAAACAUACGGGAUUGGGCAAACGCAAGAACUACCUUCAAACUGAAGGGUGUAUAUAAGACAGACGCGGUACGAGUGGCAUCCCGACCUGUAGCUACCUUAUCCACUCCCAGACACACCACGGGCACUGGAACGGGGCCAGUGGCGGCUGACGGAAAUGCAACUGAGAACUUAUUGCCAGCAACCACAAUGCGUAAAUGGACUUUGUGCGCGCAAUUGGAUGAAUGGAAAUUGAUAGCUGGUAGCAGCGACGGGAGGUGCAUCGUAUGGAAUCAUUUGACAGGGAAAAGCAUGUAUUGCCUGAAAGGGUGCACAAUUGAAGGCGGAGAGGGACCAGUCCUACUGAUGGGAGAAAACUGCCAGAACGAAGUUGAGAAAGCAGUAACCGGGCUCGCAUUUGAUGACAAGUACGUAGUUGUUGGAAGUGCAGAUGGGCUGAUACGAGUGUGGUCCGCAAAAGAAGGCACGGUGAUAUGAAGGUCCGAAAUAAUGACACAUGAACGGAUCUCCAGCCGAGAUGCUGAGUACGAUAUAUCGAGGUUCCUAUCCCAGAGAUUUGUCUCAGCGAUAUCAUCACUGCAAUCCCAACGCCAUGGUGUUUUGGGGACACCUGCCAGUAACCAAGCGCCACCCAGUCCGGUGGGUGAAGCGAUCCUUCUCAGCCCUUUGAUGGUUAUAAAUACCAAGACUAUUCUAUCCGCGGACUUCUGCCAAGCAUUUCAGUCCAACAGUGGAUGGACGCGAAAUAUUACCUGAACGAUGAUUUCCCCAAAUUAGAGGGAACGAAAUGUGGAGGGACCGACACAUUAGUUGUAUUAGUACCCACACCCCCUUGGCAUGCUACAUCUCUUCCGCUCUUAUAAAAAGACAGACUGUGCUAUUUGCCGCUCUGAUACAGAAAUUGCUUUUACAAGACAUAAUUCUCCAGUCAUU